GCCUGUCAUCUGUUAUUUAUCUUGCCGUUUCGUGAAUUUAAUAGGUUACGUUUUUUAUGCCGAAGUUAAAAGCUGUAUUUACUAUUUUUCAAAGUUUCAAAUACAAAAGCCAUAAAGAUAUAAUAAGACAGUUUCAAAUAUUAACGAAGUUCCUAUAACAUCUUCAUUAUAAGAAAAAAGAUGGAUGACAACAAAAUCAAGCUUUUAGAUGGUUCAUAUGGUUUCCAACUGAAUAAACAUCUAGAGAAACCUGUAGACCAUGAUCCAUUAUGGAGUUCAAGAGCACUUAUUACUGACCCGGAAGCAGUUAUAAAAACACAUAUGGAUUAUAUACAUGUGGGUGUAGAUAUUAUUGAAACUAAUACUUACCAAGCAAGUAUUGAAGGCUUUAUGCAGUAUCUUAAUAUAUCCAAAGAGGAGAGCUAUAAGUUGAUUCAAAAAGCUGUAGAUUUAGCUAGAAUGGCUGUAGAUCAAUGUGAGAAAAAGGGUUACAAAAGGCCUCUGAUAGCAGGCUCAGUAGGACCAUAUGGAGCAUACCUUCACGAUGGAUCUGAAUACACUGGCACCUACAUUCAGCAUGUGUCGGAAGAUACCUUGCGACAGUUUCAUGAACCACGAAUCGAUGCGCUUAUCAAGAGCAAGGUAGAUCUGUUGGCUAUCGAAACUAUUCCCAGCAAGAAAGAGGCUUUGGUAAUCCUAGACGUUGUCAGGAAAUAUCCAGAUAUCAAAGCGUGGGUGUCUUUCAGCUGUAAGUCGGACGGUGUUCAUACAAAUGCUGGCGAUAACUUUAGCGAAGCAGCAGUAGAGGUGUACGAAUCUGAUCCGGCACAGAUUGUCGCCGUAGGUGUGAACUGUAUCGCACCUCAUGCUGUUGAACCCCUGAUUCAGCCUAUCAAUCAAGCACGCGACAAACCAAUACCACUCAUUGUGUAUGCUAACAGUGGGGAGAAUUAUGAUCCGAAAACUGGGUGGGAUAAUAACUGUGAAAAACUAGAAGAAUAUAUACCUACGUGGUUGAACCUUGGAGUCAAGAUAAUCGGAGGGUGUUGUAGGGUUUGUGCAAACUACAUCGAGAAAAUCAAAGAUGAGGUUGAUAAGUGGGAAGCUCAAAGAAACAAAUAAAUAUUUAAACAUUUCUAUACAAAACUGUUAUUUUUACAUAUUUCUACUUUCAUAUAAAAUAUAUUCGUCAACAACAGAAUGAGAGCACACAAGAGCUUUCUAUAAUCAUAAUUUAGCCAUAAAUUUUUGUGCAUGUGGGCUCAGUUACUUUGAUACCAUUAUUGUUAAUUUUUGCCAGAUGAUGAAUAUAUGCAUGAGUAUGUCAAAAAAUAGUCUUAAGCUUUAAUUCCGAAUCACGUAUUUUAUAGGUUUCAUAGUUCCUGCCCAAAACAUGUAUUCAAAAUAUUUUGGAAAACGUUCACAUUCUGUUUGCAGAAACAUUGCCUUCUAAAAUGGUUAUAUAAUUUUGAUUGUGAUCUAAACAAAAAUUACAGAAUUUUAGAAAUUUUAGAGUCGAUUCCUCAGAAAAACAGACCGUCGCAAUUUGUUACGUGGUUUUUAUAUAUCUGUAAAUGUUAUUUGCUACAAACUUUUAAAAAUGUUGGUCGAGCUCUAAACACUUCCAAAAAAGUUUAAUCGAAGGCAUUUCAAAACUUUUGUACUUGAUUAGUUUUUUACUUUUAGAUGUAAGUUUUCCGUUUUAUUGUGUUCUUUUUAUCAGAAAAAUAUUUUUUCAAAAUAUCUGUUGUUUUACUGAGUGUGUUGAAGAGUGAGACACUUUCACUUAGAAGAGACUUGAUGUGCAUUGAUACGUGAAUAAUGAUGGAGGAAUAACAAUUACUGGGAUUAUAACGAAUUUGUAUUCGUGUAUCGUAUGGUGGUCAAGCUAAAUAAAUGACUCGCUUAAAAA